GUAAGCUAGGUGCCUCAGUGGAGAGAAUGCUGAGUCUGGAGUCACAAAGACUCUGAGUUUGAAUUUAGCCUCAGAUACUUGCCAGCUGUGUGACCCUGGACACAUAACCUCUGCGUGCCUUAGAUUCCUCAAUUAUAAAAUGGGUGCCAUAAUAAUCGCACCCUGCCAGGAUUGGCGCGAAGACAACCAUAAUGCUCCUUUGACUUUCCCCUGCCUGCAGCCAUCCCCUCCUCAGGAAUGCAGUUUAGUGUCACGAUUUCCUGGCUCAUAUAACCCUGGCAAUUCUUUUUGCAUUGGGUAGGGCCUGUUCCAGGGCUGUUUGGCCCUGCCCCUUGCCAUCAGGCCCCCAGCCAGCCCUGUGACAAUAUAAAUCACUGUGAGGGAGUCCCUCCCCGGUCCUGCUCUCCUUCCAGCACCAUGCAGAUCAGCUUCAGGGGCCUCAGGGCCUUGGUGACUGGGGCUGGCAAAGGGAUUGGAAGGGAUACAGUGAAGGCGCUGCAAGACUCUGGGGCCCAGGUGGUAGCUGUAAGCAGGACCAACGAGGACCUGGUUAGCCUUUCCAAAGAGUGUCCAGGAAUAGAGCCUAUCUGUGUGGACUUGGGCGACUGGGAGGCCACUGAACGGGUGCUGGGAAACGUAGGUCCGGUAGACCUGUUGGUGAACAAUGCGGCUGUACUUCUGAUCCAACCCUUUUUGGAGGUCUCCAAGGAGGCUUUUGACAGGACCAUCAAUGUGAACCUUCGAUCGGUGUUCCAGGUGUCCCAGAUAGUUGCCAGAGGAAUGAUUGCUCGUGGGGUCCCAGGAUCCAUCGUCAAUGUCUCCAGCAUGGUUUCUCGAGCCACUAUUGCCAAUUUGGCCAGCUACAGUUCCACCAAAGGUGCAAUGGACAUGUUGACCAAGGUAAUGGCCCUGGAGCUUGGGCCACAUAAGAUCCGGGUAAAUACAGUGAAUCCCACAGUGGUCCUCACUCCCAUGGGGAGAAAAGUCUCUGCUGUUCCAGAAUUAACUCAGGCCCUGAAGCAACGAACUCCCCUGAAAAAGUUUGCAGAGGUGGAGGACGUGAUUUACAGUAUCCUCUUUCUGCUGAGUGACAAGAGCGCCAUGACAAGUGGCUCAGGCAUCCUGGUUGAUGGCGGGUACCUGGCCUCCUAGGCUUCAGGAGGGGGGCUUCCUGGGAGGUUAGAGCACUUCAUAGGAAAUCUGCUUCAUUCCCAACUCUCUACUUGCAAUCCCUGUAGAGCCUCUUUCUCCCUCAUUCUCCCUCUUCCACUCAAUCAUCAACCCUAUUCAAAUCACUUAGCUCUUAUGGUCAAAGCUCUCUUUGGGGCCAGGUAGUGGUAGGGUUUUGAGGUAGGGAUGGGGAAGAGAUAGAGGCAAGGUGGAAUUGUCAAAGGGCAGUAGGGAGAAUACAUCUGGAUUGAGCUAGAAGUGGGGAGGAUAUGAAACCUAAUUCUGAAUCUUCCAUUAUUGCCCAAAGCUCUGAGAAGUGAUUUAUUCCAAUGACCUUAUUUUAUUGAUGGGAGAAUUGAGGUCCAGGUUGGUUUGCCCAAAGUCAGGUAUAUGUCUUUGAAUUUAGAUCCUCUGAUCCCAGAUCCAGAGUUCUUUCCAAUUUGUCAGCCUGCCAAGGAAGGGAGGCUCUCUAAAGAGAUUCCAUCCAUUAUUAGAGGCUGCACCUCACACCUCAAAAGUAGUCAUAAGAUUCAUCUUGGGAAGGGAAUACUCAAGAUUCCUCUUUUUUUUUUUUAAACACUUCUCUUCACUCUUAGAGUCAAUAGUAUGUUCCAAUAGUUCCAAGGCAAAAGAUUGGUAAGGGCUAGGCAACGAGGGUUAAGUGGCUUGCCCAGGGUCACACAAAAUAUCUGAAGGUCAUAUUAGAACUCAGGACCUCCCACCUUCAGGCCUGGCUCUCUAUCCCCUGAGCCACCUAGCUGUCCCUUCCCAACCUGUUCUUAAUCCUAUACAAAGAUUAAGCUAAUCGUGGCCUCUGGCUGGCGUGUUCUCCAGGAGGUAAAGGUACACACACACACACCCCCUUGCUCCAGAUCCAACCAGCAUAUAAUAACCUGGUUUAUAAUAACUUGGCUUCUAUUUCCUCCUCCAACUAUCCCUACCCUAACUAAACAAAAAGGUCCCCACACCCUUGCAGUCUCUAAAUAUCUCUAGGGAGUACAAGCUCCUUGGUUUACUCAGAAAAGUAUUCAUUUCAAUCUCACCUCCCACCCCUCCUCUCCAAUGCCCCAAGAAUAAAUCUCAGAGAAGACAAAGAUUCUCCUUUGAUCCCUUUGGCUCUCAUGUGUCAGUAAUUCUUCUGGGAAGCAGAGCUCUCUAUCUUACUCUUUUUAUUCAAUUUCUCCCUCCUCCUCUACUUCUACUAGGGCUGGAUUUGGGAUCAGUGGAUUCCACUUUGAUUCUAAUCUUGGUUCUGGCUAUUAUUGCCCACCUGUUUGGGCCAUGCCCUGUGUUGGGAGUCCCAAAACCUGGACCUUGGUUGGUGACUUUCCCUCAGUUGCCUCAUCUUUUUUCCCCCACUCAAACUCUUGCCUUCUGCCUCAGCAACAACUCUUAGAGAGAAGGGCAAGGACUAGGCAAAUGGGGUUAAGUGACUUGCCCAGGGUCACAUAGCUAGAAAGUGUCUGAGUUCAGAUUUGAACUCACGUCCCCCUGUCUCCAGGCCUCUAUCCAAUUGUGCAACCUAGCUGCCCCAGAGUUUCCUCCCUGUUAAAAUGAGAUCUGGACCAAAGGUCACUUGCAUCUCUGACAAUCUAGUUUUGCAAGUUAUAAUCCUAAGACUUGGGUCUAGUGAUAGCUUGUAGAUAGCUUGCCUUGCAAUAAAGGCAAUUCAAACAGUCUUUAGUAAGCACCUAUGGCAUACAGAGCACUGAGCUAGGCAUUUAGGGGUGACACAAUGCUUUAGAUGUUUCUAUUAAUCAGUCAUAGGAUUACAGAGUUAGAGGUAGCCAUGGCCUCCCACGAUGAAGUCCAUCUCUAACAUUUUAAUCAAUAAGCAUUUUUUAAAACCCUCACCUCCUGUCUUACAAUUGAUCCUAAGAAUUGAUUCCAAGGCAGAAGAGCAAUAAAGGCAAGGCGAGGUAUUUGGGGUAAGUGAUUUGGGUGGCAUCACACAGCUAGGAAGCAUCUAAAAGCAGAUUUGAAGGCAGGACUUCCCAUCUCCAGGCCUGGUUCUCUGUCCACUGAGCCACCUAGCUGCUCCCUGGAUUACACUUUCCCCCCAAUGCUUUCAGUAUCUGGCCUGGGGAGAGGGAAAGAGUGGGUACACAGGGAAGUUGCUGAAUACAUGCAUGAGUGAGAAAGCCCCCAUGCUCAGGGUAUUUCACACUUCUGUGACUUUAAACUCUGGUGUCCUACUUCUGCCCAUAAAAGUUCCUUGAUGAACAUAACUUUGAUGCUGAACAGAAGCUUUUGCUAAAAUGAUUUGCUCUGUGCUAUAACCGAAUAACACAUCACUCAGCAUAGCAUCUCAACUAAAUAAGGUAAUAUGCUUCCUGAGUGACUCCUCUGAAUCCCCUCUUCCAAGCUGUUCCUCUGCUCAGGUGCACGUAUUCCUUAGUGGCAGUUAUUGUAACUAUUCUUCCAGAUUCAACUUGCGGAGUGGGCUAAGGGGGCAAGAUUGGAAAGCAAAGCUAGCUUGGAUAGGAAUAAUAACCUGAGAAAAUACUGAGGGAUGGAGGGGAAGAAUAGAUUUAGGAGGGAGAGAAGAAAUGAUUGCAAGUUAUGGUCUGAUAUAAGAAUGCUUGACUUUUUGAUUAAAGAAAUGGAAUACUUGUAGACAGCAAAUACAUCUAGGCUAUGUAUGUGGCUUCAGGUGGAGAACAGGUGUUCUCCAUGGGCUUUAAUGAGACUGAGAAAUUGAAGGGCUGGAGAAUUUGAGGGUAAAGUCUUCUGAUAAAAGAGUAGGACUUGGGGAGGAGUGGAAGAUGUUGAACAAGGUGCUGAACUCCUUGAGAAAGUAGAUAGAAAAAUCCGAGAGCUAGAUAGAAAAUUGUCAUGAAUGGCAAAGAGAGAGAACUUGCUGCAUGAUGGCAGUAAAGGAAGUGGCAAUGGGAAACAAGGGUGGGGUGGGUAGGGUACCUUUUCAUAUGUCUAUUUUCCUCCAUGCUUGUUUGUAAUUUCGCAACACUCAUUUUUCAUUGUUUGUUUGUUAUUUGUUAUUGUAGUCUUGUUUCUUAGUUUCUUGGCUCUGCUUAUUUUACUGUCUUAGUUCACGUAAACUUUUCACACUGUUGAAUUCAUAUUUGUGAUUUCUUGCAGCAGAGUAAUAUUUCAUUAUAUCCAUAUAACAUAUUUUGUUUGCCAUUCCCCAAUCAAUGGGUAUGCAGUUUGUUUCCAAUUCUUUGCUACAAUAAAAAAGUGCUGCAAUAAA